AUGGCCGUCCGACGGCUACGGUGUUUGGAGAAACGUUUCAAAGCAAAUCCUGCGAUAUUCGAGAAAGUCCAACGCCAAAUAGUCCAGUACCAGCAGAAGGGAUACAUCCACGAAGCUUCGAAGCAAGAAUUGACAGCAGUGGACCCGGGAAAGCGAUGGUACCUUCCGAUUGGCAUAGUGCAGAACCCCAAAAAGCCGAACAAGAUCAGAAUCGUGUGGGACGCAGCAGCGACAGUUGACGGCAUCUCCCUGAACAAUGUACUCUGGGGAUUCCGGGAGCGGAAGAUUGCCGUGGUGGGAGAUAUCAUGGAAAUGUUCCACCAGCUGAAAAUGCGACGCGAGGACCGAUACAGUCAACUGUUCCUCUGGCCCGGUGAAAAUGCUGCCUCUCUGAAGACCUUCGUUAUCGACGUAGCAACCUUUGGUUCGACGAGCUCUCCGUGCUCGGCGCAAUACGUAAAAAACCUUAAUGCGGCCGAACACGCAGAGGUAUAUCCGAGAGCAGCAGAGGCGAUCGAGCGCCGACACUACGUUGACGACUAUCUGCAAAGUUUCGACAGCGAGGAAGAGGCGUGCCAGGUGGUUGAAGAAGUCAAGCUGGUGCAUCGGCGUGGUGGAUUUACGAUCCGCAACUGGCUGUCCAAUUCUGUGGCAGUUCUCCGACGGGUCGGGGAAGUCAGUGCUGGUACAGUGAAGAUCGUCGACAAUGGCGGUUCCCAAAUAGAACGCGUACUGGGCAUGCAGUGGAUGGCGAGCGAGGAUGUUUUCGUUUUCUCCAACGAAGUCGACGUGGCGGCAGUCACUCCCACCAAGCGGGGCAUCUUGCGCUGCCUUUGGGCAACCAAGUUCAAGCAACUGAGAGCAAUACAGAUACCUCGUGCCUAUUUCCCGAGCGCAACAGCAACAGACAUCGAAGACUUGCAGCUGCAUAUCUUCGUCGACGGCAGCGAGACUGCUUACGCUUGCGUCGCCUACUUCAGGGCCGUGAUCCAAGGAAACUUCCACUGUGCGCUCGUCGGAGGAAAGACGAAAGUGGCACCACUGAAAGCACUCUCCAUUCCCAGAUUGGAGCUGCAAGCGGCGCUCAUAGGCUGUAGGCUGAUGAAAACUCUAUGCAAUAGUCACAGUCUGCCAAUUUCGCGACGAUCGUUGGUUCAAGGGGCCGGAAUUCCUGUGGAAUCAAGUCAAGUCGAACCAGAGCAAGUCGAAGAGGAAAUCAGACAGUGCAACGUCCACCUAGUUGCGGAGCGGAGCGAAGUUAUCGAUUGGCACCGCUUCUCCAAGUUCAAAAGACUUAGGCGAACAGUCGCCUAUGCUCACCGCUUCGUGGACAACUGUCGACGGAAGAUUUUAAAGCAGCCACUACAGUCAUCGCAUGUCAAUCAGGAGGAAUUCAUUAAGGCUGAGAAUACACUCUGGCGACUGGCUCAGCAAGCUGAGUUUCCGGAGGAAAUGUUCCAGUUACAGCAGGCGAAAGAAGGGCGAAAAACGAAACUGGAUAAAACUAGUCGCAUCUACAAAUUGUCGCCGUUUAUCGACGAAGCCGGCGUCGCUAGGAUGGACACACGCAUCGCGGAGGCAGUCUUCGUAUCGUACGACACCAAAUUCCCAAUCAUUCUUCCGAAAGGUCAUCGUUUAACCAACCUGGUCAUCGAGUGGUACCACCGUUACUACCUGCACGCAAACAACGAAACCGUAAUCAAUGAAGUCCGCCAGCGAUUCCACAUCCCUGUCUUCGGACGCUGGUGCGGAAUCUCUCAAAAAGUGUAUGCAGUGCAGAGUAAUGAAAGCGAAACCGACGUAUCCGAGAGAAGCACCCUUCCUGAGGCGAGACUCAGUCCGCAUAUUCGGCCGUUUAGCUUCGUCGGCCUGGACCCAUCUUAG